AUGCGUUUCACCAGCCUUCUUUUCAUGGCUUCGGCCAUUAUUACUACCGCUGCCGGCAAGGGAAUCAAUUGCCAGGGUAGUGGAGAGUGCCCUUUUUGCCACGCCCAGACCAAUCUGAAAGAGCUACAAAAAGUUUGCGAGAGCGUCCCGGACAACACGCAAUACUACAACGGCCAACAAAUCUGUUGUGUCCAGUGCGACGAGGACAACACUGAGCAGUACUCCGUCUGCGCAUUUGUGCAGAACACAAAAGAUGGCGCUCCAGGUCACUCGGUCAAGGCCGCCAUUCAGCAGCUGGUUGAUCACAACUGCGGUCUUUGCGGCAGUGCCCCGUUCUAUAACAACGACGUUACGGAGGGUGAGCUUACUGUGAAUGUCGUCGACUACACCAGCUGUCAUACGGUCAUCUGUUAA